GUCGCGCCGACGGUUGGCAAAAACGGUACCGACAAAUCAGUCGAAAAAAUUAAAAAAAAAAGAAACAACAGCUCGCUAGAGGCCGUGUGUGUGUUGUGUGGUGUAAAGAGUUGAUGUGAUUUCGAGCUUUACCCUAGAAGGGAAGUGUGGUGACUUUUAACCCGUAAAGGAAUGUGUUUUUGGGAAAUGCGCACGGUUGCUAGUCGUCUGCUGUUUUGAGGUUGAAUGUUGCGAUUAGUGUUUCUCUUGCAAAGUAAUAGUUUCUCCCUGGUAGUGUGUUCAGCGAACAGCGUGAACGAAACCACGCUACUGUAAAAGACAACGCACUUUGCACUGUGAACCCCCGAGGAUCGUAUUCCUUCAAUCGAACACCACGCGAAUGCUAUGUACUCGAAGGAUCGGCAUCUGGUGUGGGUGCUGCUAGUGACAGCAGGCGCUCUGCUGCUGGUGCGAUGCUGCAACGCUGCCGAGCACGUGCCCGGACCGAGCGGACGAAAGCUAAGCCACGGAUUGGCCGCCAUGCACCACAACCAUCUCGUGCAGCCAUCGGAGGCCGGUUCGAGCGAAAGCGUAAAAUUUAGCGCCAACCGUGUACCGCAGCACGUGCCGUAUGCUGUACCGGCGCCCUGGCGUAGGACGGCCACCGUCAGCACUCCGCUUGCUGGUGGGCCCUGGGCGGUACGGAAACCGCUGGCGAAACCGUUGGUACGGGGUGCGGCCGGUGGUAGUCGGAGCCGCAUCAACAAUCGGUCAAUGACUCGCUUUUCCGAGGUCGAAAUUCCACCGGGGCUGGAGCAGCAGCUAGACCUGCCGGAACUGCAGCGACCGUCCGAGGUCCGUGGCAGUCGGCUCGAUGAGACUACGGGUGGGCUGGUGGAGCUGUAUCGCAGUGCCGAACGAUCGCGCGGGAUCGAGAACCUCUUCUGGAAGUACUUUGUCGAUAAUGACGUUUCCGCCUCCACCGAAGACGAGGGCGACGACAACACCGGUGCUGAGGAUGCUGAGCCGCCCGGUGGAAUCGACAGGAACGCAAUCGACACCCAGGACGGUAGCGUGUCGGCGAAGGAGGAGGAGGGCCGCAAGAAGAAGUUCCAUCUGAAGAAGAAGUACAAAAAGUUUCUGAUUCCGCUGCUGCUCGCGUACAAGAUAAAGUUCCUUGCAUUGGUUCCGGCCAUCAUCGGCGGGCUGAUACUGUUGGUGAAGUCGGCCGGGCUGGCCGGGUUCUUCUUCGCCCUCUUUACGGCCGUGGUCAGCUUGAAGAAGUACUGAUGACGAUGCGGCAUCACUGUCAUCACGCAACCGGUGGGGCGUUGAGGCCGCACUGGAGGAAGAAAAGGCGUGUCGGCGAUCGUCACAUCGCGAUCGUAGGGGCAGCCGGGGGAACACUAACGCCACUUCGAGCGCCACCUGAAUAAGAGCGUCGCGAGCGAGGGCAGAGAUGGCGAGUCGCAUGCAUCCCUCUAAUUUAUUAUCGAUUUCUGUAGGCUUAAUAGGCAGGACCGGCAAAGGGGUGACGACCCUGGACAGUCGUUGGUAACUCCCGCCCCUCCAUCCAAGAAGUGAUCCAGACGGCGUCAAUUAGAAAAUAGCAAACGCAUUGCGUAGUGUGUAAGCAGAGGGUUCCGCCCGGUGGGCCAGUGUAACUGAUGAAAACGCGAGCCUCCCGAAAUGGGGACGGUAAGGGCACUGGUAACCACUGGUGCAAAGGUUUGCAUGCUAUUUCGGCGAUUUACUUUUGUUCGGAAAGAGAUACAUUCCGGCAAAGGGUUCGUCCAACGUUUGCGUGGAAGGAAGCGUUUUUAAGGGGAGGUAAAAUUGUUAGGUUAGGUUAGGUAUGGCUUAGAGGUCGAGGUUUUUUUUAAAUAUUUAUCCCGGUAUACGAAGAAGCGGUAGCGUACACCCGCCCCAAGGGAAACUAGGUUGAUGCGAAACGUUAUGUGCGUUCCAGCACCCCGCUUUCCCCUCCCACCUCUAUCUAAUGUAAGCGUAAGCAAAACUGCGUGGAGCGCGAAAGAAAAGUGUAGAUAAUUAAAACUGAAACCAAAUUGCGUCUGACAUAUUUAUUCGUUCGGCUAUUGUGUGUGAGAAAGGCAGUUUUGGCUGUCAAAAAUAUGAUGAUGGUACGCGUAGAAAAGGGUAAGUAGACGAGCGCUUGUGUGGGUCCAUCGCAUCACAAUAGGGGGCUUCUGGAGCGUCCGAAGCGGUGAGGGGUUUGGAGACUGGAAAAGAGGAACCAUAAAAGUAGUACCAGCAUGUGUGUAGCGGGGUGUAGUACUAGCAGUGGUCUGAAUACAGGGGCAGUGGUGGCGGUGGCACAAAGAGCACGUUGGUUUUUAAAAUCGGUUCAAUCGUUCCGUUUCGUUGCAUUCCGAAUCGGGUGGCUAGCGGUGGGUUUAAGGUAGAUCAUUUCUGCGAAUGAUUGGCGGCCACUAGACAAGCCGCUAGACAGCGCUGAUAAUGGGUGGGAAGGGGGUGAGCACAACAUAAGACAUGCUAGGGGCGCGUUAACACGUGGAGGUAUGUAUUUUCUUUUCAGCACGUGUGUGCUUUCGUGUGGUCAGCGAUGUGAGCACGGAUAACGGUUGUAGCAACAUGUCAUAGGGACGCA